CUGACGAAGCGCCAGAUUUACACCCCAAAACGAUGCCGUCCAUUCCACCGCCACCGAUUCGCGAUCUGGACGGUUUGCUAGCAACGGUCCUGCCCGAGGGCACGCGUGUGCUUGGUUACGAGUCGGAGUUUCUUACCGCACCCGGAGACAACUACGGUAGCACGAUGCUGGCCGUUACGGUGCGUACAACAACGCGCCCUGCUUCACCAACAUCAACCGCGGAACUCACCGAGCAGAAGGAUGCAACAGAUACGGACGUCGAAUUACUGCAUCUCGUAGCAAAGAUGCGGCCGAGCAGCGAAGAAUUCUUGGAGAUCUUUCAAAUCGACACAACCUUCGUGAAGGAAGCCGCCGUCUAUCUGAAGAUCGUGCCCACACUCUUGGCCCUACAGCGCGAACAAGGCUACGAUGGGAAGGAUGAGCUGAUCGAUGUGUUCUGCCGCUGUUACAACGCCCGCGUAUCGCUUGACCCAUCGGUGGAAAAGGUGGACCAGGACGGUGUGAUGUUGUUCGAGAACUUAAAGCUGGCCGGAUACGUUACGGCCGACCGUCGCCAAGGGUUCAAUCGAGAGCUGGCCCGGUACGUGCUGCAGAAGCUGGCCCUGUUCCAUGCGAUUCCGAUAGCGCUGCGCUACCUGAAACCGGAAGUGUUCGAGGCGGGCAUCCAUAAGUACCUCGUUAAGAUUGAUAUCGAUGCGGGCCUGAGUCCGGAGACGCUGCGACAGAUGAUGGAUGUGUUUCGGCAGGAUAUUGUGCGGACCGGCGUGGAGCGAGGGUUAGCCGACCGGGCCUACGCCAAGAUAAAUGAGUGCCAUCGACGCCAGGCGCAGCUUAUCUCGGACCAGCUGACCGUCUACUGUACGAUGCUGCACAACGACCUGUGGGUGAACAACAUGAUGAUCAAAUAUGAUACGGACGGGAAGACACCGUGCAGCUUGAAGUUUGUCGACUUCCAGCUGAUUCAAAUGGACUCACUCGUACGGGACGUUAUUUUCUUCAUCAUCACCAGCGUCAACGAUCCGGAGCUGGAAACGCAGCUGGACAGCUACUUCGAGUAUUACUUCCAGCAGCUGGCCGCAAACAUGGCACGGCUGCAGUUUCCCAACCCAGGGGACUUGACACUCGAAAGCUUUCGGGAGGAGAUCGAUCGGGUGGCUCCGUACGAGCUGUAUCACAUCGUCUCGAUGCUGCGUGUUGUGUUGGCGCGCAAAGAAUCGAUCCCGGACCAGAGCGAACAGGACGCGGCACUGUUUUUCAACGAUAAUCUGGUGGAGGAGGACUACUACCGGCGGCUGGAGGUGACACUAAGAAUGUACGAUCAGCGGGGUUGGAUUUAA